CGAGGUGUGGAUUGUGCGGUGACCCUGGCCUCUGACUUCCGGUUCCUAGGGAUGCGCAUCCGGGUCACGCUAACGCCGCGGUUUCCUCCAUCCGCUUGGUUCUGCUGUGAGUCUGGACCAGUACCCAUGUCCUGCUUUGGGGCCUCUGCAGCCUUAGAACAGUGAAGACUGCUGACAGACACUUGCAAUCCAGCCACAUAAACGUUAGGAAGGAAUACUGGUCCUCAUGGAAGAAGAGCAAGACUUACCAGAACAACCAGUAAAAAAAGCCAAGAUGCAGGAAUCAGGAGAGCAAACUUUAAGUCAAGUGAGCAGCCCUGAAGUCAGUGAUCAGAAACCUGAAACUUCAAGCCUUGCUUCAAACCUUACCAUGUCAGAAGAAAUUAUGACAUGCACCGAUUACAUCCCUCGCUCAUCCAAUGAUUAUACCUCACAAAUGUAUUCUGCAAAACCUUAUGCACAUAUCCUCUCAGUUCCUGUGUCAGAAACUGCUUACCCUGGGCAGACUCCGUACCAGACACUACAGCAGUCUCAACCCUAUGCUGUCUACCCUCAGGCAACCCAAACAUAUGGACUACCUCCUUUCGGUGCAUUGUGGCCAGGUAUGAAACCUGAAAGUGGUUUAAUUCAGACUCCAUCUCCAAGUCAACACAGUGUUCUUACCUGCACUACAGGGUUAACCACAAGCCAGCCAAGCCCAGCACAUUAUUCUUAUCCCAUUCAAGCUUCAAGCACAAAUGCCAGCCUGAUAUCCACUUCAUCUACAAUUGCCAAUAUUCCAGCAGCAGCAGUUUCCAGCAUCUCAAACCAGGACUAUCCCACCUAUACUAUCCUUGGUCAGAGUCAGUACCAGACCUGCUACCCAAGCUCCAGCUUUGGAGUCGCGGGCCAGACUAACAGUGAUACCGAGAGUACCACAUUAGCCGCAGCCACAUACCAGACGGAGAAGCCUAGUGUCAUGGUACCUGCGCCGACAGCACAGAGACUUUCCUCUGGAGACCCUUCUUCAAGCCCAUCUUUGUCCCAAACUACACCAAAUAAAGAUGCGGAUGAGUCCAGAAAAAACAUGACUGGCAAGAACCGGGGCAAAAGGAAAGCUGAUGCCAGCUCUUCCCAGGACAGUGAAUUGGAACGGGUAUUUCUCUGGGACUUGGAUGAAACCAUCAUCAUCUUUCACUCUCUUCUUACUGGAUCCUAUGCCCAGAAGUAUGGAAAGGAUCCAACAGUAGUGAUUGGCUCAGGUUUAACAAUGGAAGAGAUGAUUUUUGAGGUGGCUGAUACACAUCUAUUUUUCAAUGACUUAGAGGAGUGUGACCAGGUGCACGUGGAAGAUGUGGCUUCUGAUGACAAUGGCCAGGACUUGAGCAACUACAGUUUCUCAACAGAUGGUUUCAGUGGAUCAGGUGGCGGUAGCAGCCAUGGUUCCUCUGUGGGUGUCCAGGGAGGUGUGGACUGGAUGAGAAAACUGGCUUUCCGCUACCGAAAAGUGAGAGAAAUCUAUGAUAAGCAUAAAAGCAACGUGGGUGGCCUGCUCAGUCCCCAGAGAAAGGAAGCACUGCAGAGACUAAGAGCGGAAAUUGAGGUUUUAACAGAUUCCUGGUUAGGAACUGCGUUAAAGUCCUUACUUCUCAUCCAGUCCAGAAAGAAUUGUGUGAAUGUUCUGAUCACUACGACCCAGCUUGUUCCAGCUCUGGCCAAGGUUCUCCUGUAUGGGCUAGGAGAAAUAUUUCCUAUUGAAAACAUCUAUAGUGCUACCAAAAUUGGUAAGGAGAGCUGCUUCGAGAGAAUUGUGUCUAGGUUUGGAAAGAAAGUCACAUAUGUAGUGAUUGGAGACGGACGAGAUGAAGAAAUUGCAGCCAAACAGCACAACAUGCCUUUCUGGAGAAUCACCAACCAUGGAGAUCUAGUGUCCCUCCACCAGGCUUUGGAGCUUGAUUUUCUUUGAGAACUGGAAUGAAGACCCUUCCCCAUGAGCUCCUUUUCCCUCCUGAAAGGAGCUAGAGACCAGAACCAUCUGGGAACUCUCUCUCUCUCUCUGUGUCUCUGUCUCCCUUUCUGUCUCUGUCUCUGUGUGUGUGUCUCUCUAUUUCUCCAUGGAAUGCUGGCGAGAACACAAUCAGAACCAACAGCUGCAAGGGACGAAGCUUAUUUUUGCUAAGAGUGAGCUGCGGCCCCGUGUUCACCCUCGUGCAGAGGCAGGAGACGGUGGGAUGGAGAGGACAGUAGACUCACCGCAGCGACAGUGCUUUUAAUUCGUCUGGGUUUUGUUUCGUUUUAUUUUGUUUCAAAAAAUGAAGAAAAGAAAAGGCAAUUCUUGGGGCAGAGUUGCACUCUUAGUUCGCGCCCAGUUUGAGAACUGCUCUGAACUUGCGGGAACAGGAUACACGUGGCAGACUUUUGUGAUACCAUCUCUUGCGGUCUUUGUAAUCUCCUUAGCUCUAGAACAUAUUCCCAGGGAAUGUAUAUGUUAUUUUUAUAGUUAAGGGUCUGGUCUCUGAAGCAGGUUUUCCCUCCUUUCUUUUUCUAACAAGAAAGGGGUAUGUAAAGUUUCCUUGGAAAAUAGCAAUUGAAAUAUCUAAAAUACC